CGGAACUGGAUUGGUCUGUGGGAUUCUGAACAGGCCCAACCCCUAACUGAGUAUUUGGCGCCCCCACCAUCAGUGAGAAGUGCCACUCGCCCUCCUUCACCGGACCCAGAGUCUGUCCAGCACCAUCCCAGGAAGCGGUACCUAGGAAGCAGGGUUGCAGCCAUGGAAAAUGUGACAGUAUUUGAGUCACCUGGAAAGGGGAGGGGCCUGAAGGCUAACAAGGAGUUUUGGGCCGGAGACGUAAUUUUUUCCGAGCCCAGUCUCGCAGCUGUUGUCUUUGACAGCCUUGCAGAGCGCAUUUGCCACAGCUGUUUCCGCAGACAAGACAAACUCCAGAGAUGCGGCCAAUGCAAGUUUGCUCACUAUUGUGACCGCACCUGUCAGCGGGCCGGCUGGGCCGAACACAAGCACGAAUGCGCUGCCAUCAAAACCUAUGGCAAAGCGCCCAAUGAGAACAUUCGCCUGGUGGCUCGCAUCAUGUGGCGUAUGGACAAGGAGGGCGGUGUGGUGUCAGACAUGCAGCUGACCACGCUGGACGAGCUGGAGGACCACAUUGAGGACAUGCAGGAGGACGAGCUGAAGGAGUUCAAAGUGGACAUCCAUAACUUCCUGGACUACUGGCCUCGUAGCAGCAAGCAGCACACCAGUGAUGUCAUCUCACACGUCCUGGGGCUGAUUAACUGCAACGGCUUCACUGUUAGCGACCAGCGGGGUCUUCAGGCCGUGGGAGUGGGCCUCUUCCCCAACCUGUGUCUCGUCAAUCAUGACUGCUGGCCCAACUGCACUGUCAUCCUGAACCACGGCAAUCAAUCGGCUGUGAAUACUAUGUAUCAUUCUCAACCGAGGAUUGAGCUGCGUUCAUCUGGUAAGAUUGCAGAGGGUGAGGAGCUGACCGUCUCCUACGUGGACUUCAUCAAUCUCUCAGAGGAGAGACGGAGACUACUAAAGACGCAAUACUUCUUUGACUGCACCUGCGAACACUGCAAGAACCGUAUCAAGGAUGACCUCAAGAUGGCAGGAAGAGAGCAGGAAGGUGUCAAGCUUUCUGAGGAACAAGUGAAAGAGGCAACAGAUUACUGCUUCCAGAUGUUGGACAAGAUGGAAGAGGCCCGAUUAAAAGGCGACUACCACGAGGUGGUGAAAAUCUGCAAAGAGUGCAUAGAGAAGACAGAGCCUAUUCUUGCUGACACCCACAUCUACCUGCUGAGGAUGUGGAGCACCAUGAGUGAGGUGCAGGCCUACCUGCAGUACUUUGAAGAUGCUGCAGACUACGCACGCAAAAUGGUGGAGGGCUACUUAAAGCUGUACCACCCGAACAACCCCACUCUCGGGAUGUCCGCCAUGCGAGCAGGAGUCACACACUGGCAAGCCGGCCUGAUCGAGGUUGGUCACGGGAUGAUCUGCAAGGCCUACGCUAUUCUCAUGGUCACACACGGUCCCAUGCAUCCCAUCACCAAGGACUUGGAGUCUAUGCGCACGCAGACCGAGAUGGAGCUCAGGAUGUUCAAGCAGAAUGAGUAUGUUUACCACAGCAUGAGAGAAGCCGCCCUGAAGAACAGGCCCAUGACCAUGAUGCACGAACCCAAGUCAGUAGAGGAGGGAAUCAAGAAUCUCUUCCAUCGGAAAAAGUAACCAAAAAAAAAAAUACACCAAUGGAGAAUUUAGUCAUUAGUUUUUUUCCCCACUUGUCUGUUCCACUUGUCUAAUGUGUCACAUUAAAAU